AUGGCGGAGGAUGAAGAAGAUGACCCGGUCGUUGCGGAGUUUUGUCUAUCAUCAGGAGAUUCCCAAGAUGAGGAAGAAGAGGCUAAACCAUUAACUCUUAGUACCCUCUAUUACAUCUUCCAAUCCCCUCUAAUGUUGCUUGUUUUUCUCAUCAGGGCCGAUUCUUCUCGUAAAGAAUUUCUGGCAACAUCUUGCGACAGACAGCCUGUUGUAUUUAGUGAAGAAGAUCCAUCUUCACCCAAACCUGAUGAAGGUGAGAUUCCAGAUUCCUUCUUUGAGGUGACAGUGGAUGACAUCCGUGUUAUGUUAAGAGACUUGAAGAAUGAAAGAAAGCAGGCAGACAGCGCCCCUUUAAUGACAAGAGCUAUGCGGGAAGUACGAGAAGAAUCAGAAAUNUACAAAACACCUGUAUUUAUGCUAGACUCUAAACAAGUGAUCUAAUAUUUCGUUUAGUAAGCCUUAACCCCUAUUGGCUGCCAAUGAGCUCGUUGUUCUAGGCUAUUCCAUUAUAGGCAGUCAGUUAUUCUGCUCGUAAAUACUAACUACUUACAACUUCAGGUAGUUCUCACUACAAGGUGUUACACGGUGAUACAGAUAGACAGGUGGUUACCAUGGUUAUUGGACUUUCACUUGACUGCUAACUGUUGGCUUUUUUAUGGUUAUGAAGUAUCGGCAAA